CCUCCUUGACUCGUGAUGGUCGGAUCCCACACAUAAUCUUCAACCUCACAACCACAUUCUAGCCACCAUGGACAGACGCACACCUUAUACCCUGAGCGUACUUGCUCCCAGUGUCGAUGGCGCCGAAGAAUCUCGCACACAACUUCAGGCCCGACUAAGAGAGUUCGUGUUGGAGUUCCAGCUCGAUAAUGCUUUUAUCUACCGCGAUCAAUUGCGCCAGAAUGUCCUUGUAAAACAAUACUACUGCGACAUCGAUAUCGCCCACUUGAUCUCCUACAACGAGGAAUUGGCGCACAAACUCACCACCGAGCCUGCAGAUAUCAUCCCUCUUUUUGAGGCAGCUCUCCAGCAAUGCACACAACGCAUCGUCUACCCCUCGCAACGAGAUAUCGUGCUCCCAUCUCAUCAAUUGCUUUUGCAUUCGUCCGCAACACACAUCUCCAUUCGUGACCUAAAUGCGACUAACAUCUCACAUCUCGUCCGUAUUCCCGGCAUCGUCAUCGGUGCUUCAACAAUAUCCUCCAAAGCAACAUUAGUCCACAUUCGCUGCAAAAACUGCGACCACGGCGAGAAUAUCCGCGUUGAUGGUGGGUUCUCUGGUCUCACACUUCCUCGACGGUGUGGACGCGAAUCACAGCCUGGUGAUGAACCUGAAACGAAAUGCCCACUUGAUCCCUAUGUUGUCGCUCAUGAGAAAUCUCAAUUUGUCGACCAGCAAGUUCUCAAGCUUCAGGAAGCGCCCGAUCAAGUGCCCGUCGGUGAAUUGCCACGACAUGUUCUCAUUUCCGCCGAUCGGUAUCUGGCCAACAGGGUUGUUCCUGGUUCCCGCUGCACAGUCAUGGGUAUCUUUUCCAUCUACCAGAAAGGAGGAAAGAAGGAUGGCGCAGUCGCCAUUCGCAACCCGUAUCUACGAGCCGUUGGUAUUACCACAGAUCUUGACCAUACCGCCAAAGGUGCCGGGAUCUUCUCAGAAGAAGAGGAGCAGGAAUUUCUGGAGCUUAGCCGCCGCCCGGACCUAUACGACGCACUCGCAAGGAGUAUUGCUCCCUCAAUUUACGGAAACCUGGAUAUCAAGAAGUCUAUCGUCUGCUUACUGAUGGGGGGUUCGAAGAAGAUUCUUCCCGACGGCAUGAAGCUUCGUGGAGACAUUAACGUUCUUCUACUCGGUGACCCAGGUACGGCCAAGUCUCAGCUUCUUAAAUUCACCGAGAAGGUGUCUCCGAUCGCCAUCUAUACUUCCGGUAAGGGUUCCUCGGCAGCCGGUCUCACGGCGUCGGUGCAGCGCGAUCCAGCUACGCGCGAGUUCUACCUGGAAGGUGGCGCCAUGGUGCUCGCUGAUGGAGGUGUUGUCUGUAUUGAUGAGUUCGACAAGAUGCGCGAUGAGGACCGAGUCGCUAUUCACGAAGCCAUGGAACAACAAACAAUCUCCAUUGCCAAGGCCGGUAUCACAACCAUUCUCAACUCAAGAACGUCCGUCUUGGCAGCUGCAAACCCUAUCUUCGGUCGGUACGACGAUCUCAAGACUCCUGGUGAGAACAUCGACUUCCAGACUACUAUCCUGUCUCGUUUCGAUAUGAUCUUCGUCGUCCGUGACGACCACGAACGCAGCCGGGAUGAGAGCAUCGCACGUCACGUCAUGGGUGUGCAUAUGGGCGGAAGAGGCAUUGAGGAGCAGGUUGAGGCGGAAAUUCCCCUCGAGAAGAUGAAGCGAUACAUCAGCUAUUGCCGAACCCGCUGCGCCCCUCGUCUCUCUCCCGAAGCCGCCGAGAAGCUCUCUUCCCAUUUCGUCUCAAUCCGAAAGCAAGUGCACCGUGCCGAGCUCGACGCCAACGCCCGAUCCUCCAUCCCCAUCACAGUCCGUCAGCUCGAAGCCAUCGUCCGUAUCACCGAAUCGCUCGCCAAACUCAGCCUCUCUCCCAUCGCCACCGAAGCUCACGUCGACGAGGCCAUCCGUCUUUUCUUGGCUUCGACCAUGGACGCGAUCACGCAAGGCGAGGGCCAGGGAAGCAAGGAAAUGAUGGAAGAAGUUUCAAAGAUCGAAGACGAGCUGAAGCGCCGCCUGCCCAUUGGAUGGAGUACCAGUCUGGCGACUUUACGCCGUGAGUUCGUCGACGGACGAGGCUACACCGAACAAGCACUUAACAGAGCAAUCAUUGUGCUGCAGCGUAGGAGCACAAUCCAGAUCCGGUCCGGAGGGUCACAGGUGUACCGACAGGGUGUAUAGUCUUUCUUGAACAUUGCAGUGGGUACAUAGGCGCGUUGUUUCUCGUUUAUUGUUUGGUAUAGCAUACCUUGAACUGGGUUGGGCACAGCGAGAUUAUAUGGGUCUGGCGUUGAAUUCGGAUGGUUGUAUACAUUCGUGAUGAUAGUAUUAGAAUAGUGAUGAUAAUUGAAUAUGACUGUCUAAGAUUGUGACGA